GAGAAUCCUGGCCACGUCGUGUUUGACCCCGCUGCAAUGAAGAGGGUCAUGAUCUGCCAACGCCACCUGGGCAUCUACCAGAAGGGCUGCCCGCAGAACGGCAUCAGUGACGCGUGCGAGCGCGUGAAGGAGCCUGAGCAGCGGGCCAAGAUGGACCAGGUCGAGCGCAACGGCAACUUGCGUGGCACCGAUGCGAGGCCGUGGGGCUUACCACAGAGCGUCGGGCAUGUCGCCCAGUGGGGUUGCAGAGCGCAUCGUCUGGCGACUGCCGUGAACAAGGAUGAGUGGGAGAAGGUCCACGGGAAGAAGAUGACGCAGCGGUUUCCCAAGCCCGAGCACCCGACGAUGAUGGCCAUGAAGGAGGACGGCAGCAUGGAGUUCGAGAAGGUGUGGCUCUACAGGCCUGUGCCGUGGAGCGGUUUCAGGAUGGUUGAAGUCAGCGCAGGCCUCGCGACGGAGAUCAACACGCCCAUGAUGCCGUCGGACCGUCACUACUACGAGGACCAGGCGAAGGAUGUGGCCGCGGACACGGCCAAGAAGGAGAUGUCGCGCCUCAAGGUUCCUUGGAAGAGCUUCGCCGAUGGCAUGAACUCCCUCCCAGCGAGCUUGUUCGAUGCGCAUGGUGAGCCGAAGCUCCGCCCGCUAGGUUUCACCAUGGACGAGUGGGGCAGCAGCGAGGUGGUGGCCACGGGCGCGCCCAUGCCUUUUACGCCAGGGGCCAUGAGGAUGCAGAUGCGUGGGGAAGCGUCGUCGGCUGCAGAUGCUCCGAUGACGCCAGCGGCGCGCGACGGCAACCUGGAUGCGAUGGAGAGGCAGACGGCAACAUUCAACCUUGACGAGCCUGUGACAUGCAGCAAGAGGGACGACGCCGAGAGCAUGAUCAGUUUGGGCUCCGCUGCGUUAGGCGGCAAAGCCGACGCCCAGAAGUACAUGGGCGUCCUGGACUUGGAAGUCGCCCAGCAAUCGCCGAAGCUGGGUAAUCUGUACCACCACGCCACCAACUACUCCCAGCGGGUCGGCGACGACAAGACCAAAGAUGCGAACAUAAAGGAGCUCAAGAACAGAUUGGAACUCUUCGGGCACGCUAAGAGAUUCAACAGUCGACAUGAGGGGUCUUACACCUACGACGCGCUGGCGGCGUCAUACGAUACUUUGGUUUCUGCUCAGGUCCGCAUGCUCCCCGUGGCCAACGCCGUCAUCUGGAAGAAGAAGGUUGAUAUGAUGUUGCAGGCUGAUGUCACAAAGGAGUCUGCUUCUGCGAUGUUCAGGGCUUGCGCUCCGAUCCCGCUCCCUGCUUCCAUGGACGAGGCCUUCGACGUUCGGGCCCCGUGCCUAUCCCGAUUGUCGGCCGUCGACGAGUGGUGCAAGAUCCAGAGGUUUUACUUGUAUUUCUGCGAGUCCUGUUUCCUGCCGAAGCUGGAGUCGGGCUGCCACGAGGGGAUCAUUAGCAGCAUCAUCGUGGACAUGAGACAGUACAUCACACGAGUGCUGGAAUCGUGCCAUAUCGGCGAGGUCACCGUGAAGUUCUUCUUGGAGCUCAACCGCCUGCUGCGGGGGACCCAGGAUUGCAUGAACAUCGAGGCGAUCUUCCACAGCGGGGAGUUCGAGGAGAGAUGCAAGGGCGUCCUGCUGCUCGCCGAGACACGGUGCUCAGAGAAGUUGCGGAAGACCUUCGCCCUGGCAGUCCAGUACCAUGAGAAGUACAGCAGGGUUGUGACGGAUAUCCACAUGUACGUCAAAUCGCUGGAUGGCGUCAUCUCGGACUUCGAUGAGUUGGUGGAAGAGCUGAGGGAAGAGAUCGUCCUCGAGGGCGAUGGCGAGGCUGCGUUCAAACUCGCAGACCAGAUGAAUAGCUUGAAAUCGAAGCUGGUUAACGCUGCCAAGAUCAUGGGGAGGUUGGAACCGUCGAGCCGAAUGCACGGGACUAUCAUGCAUCGCAUCGUCAGCAAGUGCUUGAAGUAUGUAUCGAUGAUCAAUGCCAGGCCAUCGCCGCAGGAAGGUGAGGCCACAUCCGCCUUGGACAUGAUGCGCGAAGCUGCCGUCCAGUUCCCCUUCAACCCGGAGCUCAACACCGUCCUCGCCGAGCUCCAGGCCGCGACCGUAGCGGCGAGCGAGGCCGAGAGCACCGAGCUGUCCACCGCUAUCGUCACGGAGGUGCAGGCAGAGUGCGAGAAGGAGUCCGCAGAGUUGACGGUGGAGCUCGUUCAGAGGCUUCAUGAUUGCGCAGAGAAGCUGAGUGACAACAAUCGCCAGCCUUCCGAGCUCGAAGCUGUCUGCACACUCGUAUCCUCCAUGGUUCACGCCACGGCGAAGGACGAGUUGAAGCAGGAUGUCUGCGACGCCAUCGUGCACGCGAUCGGGGUGCUCAAGAACGUGUUUGCUUACCAGCUUGCGGGGAGCUCUGCGUCGAGCAAUUUGCUUCUCGUCGUCGGCAGUGCGCUCGCGUCAGUCUCGAACCUGGCCCGUGCUUGCGAAGCAGUGGAGACGUACUUCAAGUGGGACGGGGGGGAUGCCGAGCCAGACUUGACGGCCAUCGCUUGUGGAGAUCACCAGUCCAGGUCAAUCACCCACGAGUUCAACGCUGCGAGGGUUAAGUGGGACGGCCUCGUGAACAAAGACAUCACUUCGUCGGAGCACCGUGAUCACCCAGGUAUCCAGGCGCUCGUCUCCGCCGCGCCCAAGCUCAAGAAGGUGACGGGCAUCAAGCUCGAGAGCGUGGGCGAGAAUAUCAAGCGAAUCAAGCAGGAUGAGCUGACGGAGAAGCUCCAGUCCUUGAAGCGCAACUGCGGCGGGCUACCCGACGCGGAGUGGGAGCGCGGGUUCAAAGGGAAGUCCUUCAAGAUGUUGCAGGAGCAUUGCGACAAGACCCUCCUGGGAGAGAACUCGACGGCGGGCGGGCUGAAGAAGGAGUGGACGGCGCUCGAGAAGGAUUUGAAUGCUGGGGCGUCAAGUUUUCGCGAG